AUGGGCCGCCCGUCCGGGAGAGUAGUCCCUCAGAUGCUGGCGGCCAAGCCACUGGAAGGGCAGAAACCUCUUUGGCUGGACAUCUGGACCAUGGACAGGGAUCUGAGUGAUGAGGACAAGCCCAUUCCCAGCCUGCAGGCCGGUGUCCGCAAGGGCCCCUGGGCGGUGGAGAAGGAUGGUGUGGCCGACCUCAGCUUCGAGGCCGAGAGCCCUCUGGUGCCCCCAGUCGAACUCCUGGAGAGGCUGCCCAGCUAUGACUGCCUUUUUCAAGGAGGCGGACAGCAGAUCUUCUUCCCGCCUUUGGAGGCCCCGCGGAGACCCCAGGAACAAACAUGCUGGUCCUCCUUCCUGGAACACAGCAGAGUCCCUGUGGUGACAGAGGAGGUGGCGCGUGAAGCCCUCCUCAGCUUCGUGAGCUCCAAAUGCUGCUAUGGCCGCUCAGCUGCCAGGGACCUGGUCAUCCAGCAGAUGAAGCAACAGAUGCUGUGCCGGUAUCGGCUGGAGACUUUCAGCGAAUCCAGGAUAAGUGAAUGGACAUUUCAACCCUUCACUAACCACGUAGUGGACGGGCCGAGAAGAGGGACCUCCCCCAAGCUCUGGGACAUCAAGGUCCAGGUUCCCCCGAUGUUCCAGGAGGAAACCAGGAAGUUCCAGGUCCCUCACUCGUCACUGGUCAAGGAAUGCCACAAGUGCCACGGGCGGGGACACUACAAGUGCAGCGGCUGCCACGGGGCCUCCAUGGUGAGGUGCCCCUCCUGCAGCGGAGCCAAGCGCAGAGCCAAGCAGCCUGGGCGGUGCCAGCUGUGCUCGGGGUCGGGCAGGCACAGGUGCAGCACGUGCUCGGGGCGGGGGAACAAGACCUGUGCCACCUGCAAGGGGGAGAAGAAGCUGCUGCACUUUGUCCAGCUGGUCAUCGUGUGGAAGAACAGCCUCUUCGAGUUUGUGUCCGAGCACCGGCUGGACUGCCCCGGGCAGCUCCUAGCUAAAGCCCAAGGAGAGAGCCUCUUCAGGGAUGAAAACACGACGGUGUACCCCCUCGCGGACUUCCCGCUGCGGGAGAUCUCGCUGGCCUCCGAGCGGGGCAUUGCCCAGCACAGCGCCGCCACCCUGGCCUCCAGAGCCCGCGUCCUUCAGCAGCGCCAGACCAUCGAGCUGAUCCCCCUCACAGAAGUGCAUUACUGGUACCAGGGGAAGACGAACGUCUACUACAUCUACGGCACCGACCACAGGGUGUAUGUGGCCGACUACCCCGAGCGGUACUGCUGCAGCUGCACCAUCAUCUGA